GUUCAUGGUUGUCCUUGCUGCAGUACUGCACAUGUUACUGUGUAGCUACUGACGAAAUGAAAGAUUCUAAAUAAGAACGUUUCGUACAUGCACAGACUGUGUGUAGAAUCAUGUCAGUCAAACGCCAAUUACAUUGAUCCCAUAAAACAAGGAUAACAAUGUCCGAUGGAGAGCAGCAGAAAUACUUGCUGAAAUUAAUCCAAGAAGGCAGGUUAAGUCUUUUUCAAGAGGAAUUGCAGAGAGAAACACAUCUAGUCAGUCAGCUACCCAACAGGCACUUUGGGAAGUCUAGAGAUACUCUGCUUCAUUAUGCUGCUAGACAUGGCCACCUUAAUUUCUUGACAUUCCUGGUGGAUGAUCUUGGAAUGAAUGUUGAAGUUCUGAACAGUGAUUACAAGAGGCCCCUCCAUGAAGCGGCAUCCAUGGGUUACAGAGAAUGUGUGUUGUAUCUGCUCAAUAAGGGAGCUCAGGUGGAUUGUUUGAAAAAAGCUGACUGGACCCCUCUGAUGAUGGCUUGCACCAGAAAAAAUCUAGAUGUGAUCAAAGAUCUCAUUGCACACAAAGCCAACCCAAUGUUGAAGAAUAAGGAUGGCUGGAACUGCUUCCACAUAGCGUCUCGAGAGGGAGAUGGAGCCAUUAUCAGCUACCUGCUAGAUGUCUGCCCAGAAAUAUGGAACACAGAGAGCAAAAUCAAGAGAACCCCUCUACACACUGCAGCAAAGCAUGGCUGCUUCGAGGUGGUGGAAGUAAUACUUGAAAGGUGUGAUUAUGAUCCAGAAUGUAAGGACAGUUGUGGAAUAACUCCAUUCAUGGACGCUGUGCAGAAUGGUCACCUCCUCAUCGCUCAGCUGCUCAUAAAUAAGAAAAAGGUUUGUCAUACAGCUGUGGAUGCCAUGGGCGCCCAAGCCUUGCACCUGGCAGCAGUCACAGGCCAGAACCAGUCUAUUCGAUACCUAGUAUCAGAACUUGGAGUUGAUGUGAAUGAAAAAGCUACUUCAGCCCAGCUGAGUGCACUUCAUUAUGCAGCAAAGGAAGGACAUGCUGAAACAAUCUCAACUCUACUGUCUCUCGGUGCUGACCUACACUAUAUUGAUCUAGACAAACGAUCUGCUCUUCACCUGGCCUCUGUGGGACAGCAUGCCCAGUGUGUCCACCUUCUCCUGCAGUUUGGAAUCACUGACUCGUGCGACUCACAUGGAUUCAAAGCUGUUGAUUUUGCAAGAAAGCCAGAUGUUCAGCAAGUCUUCCAAACCAAUUUUAAUCUAUUAAACGUUACAGAAAACCAUCAGUAAGUUUGUACUGUGAAGAGAGAGAGACAUGACAUAAGGCUUAUUCUGAGAAAUGCAAGAUCCACUGGUGGUUAGAACACUCUACAUAUGGCAAUGUCGACUCUCUUUACCAAUAAAAAUGGAUUGUGGAUUUUCCAUACAA